GUCGCUGGCUGUCUUGACGCCGCGCGGGGGCAACAGGAGGUCUGGGUGCCUUCGAGCUCGCUCUGCACCCUCCGAGGCCCCGGCGUCUCCGUGAGUGCGGGGGAGCGGGGCGCGACCGUGUGUUUAUUCCAGUUACACACUGUACGUGACCCCUUGAAUGCUACUGAACUGCCUUUUUCUCUUUUGUCCUCCGCUCUGAUGGAGGCGAUGGUGGCAAGAGGGCAAGAGGUGAUGAGAUGAACGCGGGACUUGUAAGCGGUCUACAGCAGAGAGCAGUUUCCACUCUGAGAUAUCUUCUCACUGCUCCCCGUAUUUCCCUCCCUUGUGCCUGCCCUCCAGGUGGCCACCUGGCACAGCAGCCCCGGGCAUUCCGCGCCUAGACUCCAAUGUGUCCCUAUCAUCAAAGUGAAGUGCAGCCAGGAAUCACCGAACCUAGUCUUCCAUAUGCACGGAAACGGGGGUGACAAUGCCAGGAUUAUCUCUAUAGCAGUGAUCUUUGAUGUUACAAAAAUUAUCACCAACCAGCCAUUUUGAAUUCAUCCUCUCUUCGGAAAGUCGCAGAAGGCACUAGUAUUUCUGAAAUGUGGCAAAAUGACUUACGACCGUUGCUGAUAGAGCGAUAUCCUGGAUCCCCCGGAAGCUAUGCUGCUCGCCAGCACAUCAUGCAGAGAAUUCAGAGACUUCAAGCUGACUGGGUGUUGGAAGUGGACACCUUCUUGAGUCAGACGCCCUAUGGAUACCGGUCUUUCUCAAAUAUUAUCAGCACCCUCAAUCCCACUGCUAAACGACACCUGGUCCUCGCCUGUCACUAUGACUCCAAGUAUUUUCCCCAUUGGAACAACAGGGUGUUUGUGGGAGCCACUGAUUCAGCCGUGCCAUGCGCCAUGAUGUUGGAACUUGCCCGUGCCUUAGACAAGCAACUCCUUUCCUUGAAGAACAUUUCAAACUCCAGGCCCGAUCUCUCACUCCAGCUCAUUUUCUUUGAUGGGGAAGAGGCUUUUCUUCACUGGUCUCCUCAAGAUUCUCUGUAUGGGUCUCGGCACUUAGCUCUGAAGAUGGCAUCAACCCGGCACCCACCUGGAGCAAGAGACACCAACCAAUUGCACGGCAUGGAUUUAUUGGUCUUGCUGGAUUUAAUUGGAGCUCCAAACCCAAGAUUUCCCAAUUUUUUUCCAAACUCUGCCAGAUGGUUUGAUAGACUUCAAGCAAUUGAACAUGAACUCCAUGAAUUAGGUUUGCUCAAGGAUCACUCUUGGGAGAGGCGGUAUUUCCAGAAUAAUGGUUAUGGAAAUGUGAUCCAGGACGACCAUAUUCCAUUUUUAAGAAGAGGUGUUCCAGUUUUGCAUCUGAUAGCAUCUCCUUUCCCUGAAGUCUGGCACACCAUGGAUGACAAUGAAGAAAAUUUGGAUGAAACAACCAUUGACAAUCUAAACAAAAUCAUGCAAGUCUUUGUGUUAGAAUAUCUUCAUUUGUAAUAUUCUGAUUUAGUUUAUGGUAAUUGCAUCUAGCAUUGCAUUCAAAAGUCAAAGCACAAUUUCAAAUAAUCUGACUCCAGACAAAUGCCAUGUGGAAACUUCUAUCCUAUAAAUUCAUUCCCUAGGCAUCUUUGAAUAUGUGAUCAAUAAAUCCUAGGUUUAUGUCAUGUCCUAAAUUGCUCAUUAUUUUCAUCUAGAGAUAAAAAAAGGGAAAUGUCAGAAAACAGAAAAUAAAUAUCUUUUAAAAACUUCUUUGGAUAAGAAACUAUGAAUCUAAAUCAGAUUCAUAUAUCCAGUAUCAUGGUCUUCUAAAUAGUACUUAAAUGUGAUGACAAUGUGCAAUGUGUAGCCUAAGUUUUAUGAUUUUUUUUAUACUUGGGAAUCUAUUGCAUAUAAUACAAAAUAGAGAUGGAGUUUGAAGACUCUCAAACUUCUUUGAGAAAUCUUUGUAGGGAUUAUGUCCUGGAAAUUAAAUCAGAAUUACAUGCCA